UAAAAGCAUCUUUAGGUUUAAAGAGCUACACCGAAUGGUUUCAAUUGAACAAUGAUUAUGAAAUUACGUACGGUGGUGAAUUAAACGUAGCCUUAGUUGAUAUUACAAGAGGGUUUCCAACAAGUGAAAUAACGAUUAUAUAUGAUAAUACAAUGGAUUCUUAUUUUUUAAUACAACUUACACAAAGCUUCACAAAAAAGGACAUAUCAAUUUGUCAUUUUAACGUGUCCACUGUGCGUAAUUUAGAUCAGUAUUUUAAUUAUUUAUCAAUAAUUUAUAAGAACCACAUGAAACUUUACAAUUUGUUUUUUGUUAAUAAAAAAUUAGCCGAACAUAUUUUAAUUGAGAUUCGAGAAACAAAUUGCAUCCGCAGAAAUUUAAUUUACAUUUUUUAUUGGGGGAACGAAGAUUUUCAACGUUACUUCUUAAGAAAUAUUCAUGAAGCUAUGAAAGUUGUUUUAAUAACAAAUCCUCGUUUAAAUACAUACCGAAUUUAUUACAACCAAGCUACUUCGCAUAGAAAACAUCAUUUAUCAAUGGUUAAUUGGUGGACAAAGAAUAAAAACUUAUUUAACCAUCCCACUUUACCAAACGAAAAAUUGAUUUUUAAAGAUUUUAAAAAGAAGUUAAUCAACGUUCCUGUUAUUCACAAACCUCCAUGGCAUUUUGUGAAGUACAACAAUAAUUCCAUUGAAGUUAUCGGAGGACGAGAUUAUAAAUUAUUAAAUUUAUUAUCUCAAAAAUUGAAUUUCAGGUUUCAAUAUGAAGACCCACCAGAUCGAAUACAAGGUUCAUCAUUUAAUGCUAACGGAACUUUUGAAGGAGUUUUAGGUUUAAUAUAUAAACGAAGUUACGAAUUUUUACUUGGCGAUGUCGCCUUAACCUUAGAACGAUCUAAUGUUGCGGAUUUCUCUUUUCUUACUUUAGCUGACAGCGGGGCUUUCGUUACUCACGCACCCGCGAUGUUAAACGAAGCUUUAGCGCUUAUCAGACCAUUUCAUUGGAAAGUUUGGCCAGCUAUUAUAAUUACUUUAAUUGUUUGUGUUGUGAUUUUGUACGUUUUAAUUGAAGUACCAAAUCGGUACAGACCUAGAAAAUCGAGACGAUCACAAAAUAACUUAUUUUUGGACAGUUUUUGGUUUAUUGUGCGAUUAUUUCUUGGACAAUCGGAACGUUUAAACGAUAAUAGUUUAAAAGUGAGAUUAUUUGUGGUGUUGGUGUCUCUUGCUGGGACGUAUGUUAUCGGUGAUAUGUAUUCGGCGAAUCUAACUUCACUUUUAGCAAAACCAGGAAGAGAAAAAUCAAUAAAUAAUCUAUUUCAAUUAAAAGAAUCAAUGAUCAACGAAUAUUAUCAACUAUACGUAGAAAAACAUAGUUCUACGUUUGGUUUAUUGGAAAAUGGUUCAGGAAUUUACGGAACUUUGUGGAAAUUAAUGAACGAAAAUCAAAAAUCAUAUUUAAUCGAUUCAGUUGAAGAAGGUGUUCGUUUGGUGAAACAGAAUCUAAAUGUUGCUUUAAUAGCUGGGCGAGAAACUCUAUUUUUCGACAUCCAACGUUUUGGAGUCACCAAUUUUCACUUAAGCGAUAAAAUAAACACUGCUUAUUCGGCUAUGGCUUUUCAAAUCGGUUGCCCUUACAUAGAAAACUUCAAUAAAAUAUUAAUGGCAGUUUUUGAAGCGGGAAUUUUAACAAAACUAACUCAAGAUGAAUAUGAAAAGCUGGGGAAACAACAUUUCGAGUCACACCUUAAAAAAGAACUGCAACUCAAUGAUGAUAACAGCGUCGGUAAAAAAGAAAACAGUUUAAAACUGAAAGCUAUUAAUAUUAAAAUGUUACAAGGAGCUUUUUAUUUACUUUUUAUUGGGCAUUUUAUUACUACUUUAACUUUGAUUUUUGAAAGUAUUCAUAAAAAGCAAUCGAAGUUGUAUAAAAAUGCACGGAAAUCAAAAUUGCGAUUAAAAUUAGAUAAAAAAAUUCAUGUUAUUGUAGCAUUUUUCGCUAAUGUUAGAGUUAGAAUAAGAAUAUUAAUUAGGAAUUAUAUUAACGAGGCUAUUAUAAGCACUUUAGAGUACAUUGAAUAA